AUGGCACUGCUCUUUCUAUGGGAGGUGACAUCCGGGAUUCAAAAAUGGGUCACCAGUCUGAUCUGCGUGUUCUUCUACCUCAAGAUAGUUCCUGGGAAAAGUCCCAUAUUUCUUUGGAUGAAGAGCCACUUCAGCUUUCUGGUUGUGAAUAUUAUACUAGUGGGCAUUGUGUGCAGUCUAAUCACCAGCAUCAUCGAUUUGUUCUUCGAGGAGCAUCACGAUGAAAGUGUUGAGGGACUCAACUGCAGCUACACUAAGCUCCCACCCAGUCUCUCGGUGUUGAAGCUCUUCUGGAAGAGUUUUAAUUACUCUAGUGUGCUUGCCCUAAUGGUCUUUUCCAGUGGCGCACUCAUGGCCCACUUAAUCGCACACAUGAGGAAGAUGCAAGGGAACAACCAGUUGAACCAGCAUGGAGUGGCCCGGGCAGCCUUCAUGAUCUUCUUCCUGGCUUUUGAGUUUGUGGUAUGCGCUAUCGCUAGGCACACUCUGGCAGCCAUCUUUCAGCAUGGCCUCACUGAAGUCUCCAUGAACAGCUACUGCUUGGUCAACCUGACCCUCUCCACCAUCGUACCCAUCACCCUGAUUGUUGGGAUCAGUGCCUUGCGGCAGAGGAUCGCCAGUUUGUGUUUCAGUGCUUCAGGAAAUAACACGUAG